AUGGAGGCAUUGUUGUGCGAAAUGAUGGCCAAUUUGCUCUCGGAUGGCGUUCUUUUGGGUCGCGACGGCUAUCCCGGCGUUGAAGGAGAACAAGGGCUUCGUGGUGAUAUCGGAGACACAGGAAAUCAAGGUAUAAGCGGAAGACGAGGCGGUAUGGGUGCUUAUGGACUCAAAGGAUUACCUGGAGAUAAGGGUGCUCCUGGCGAUUUCGGAAGAAAUGGACUUCCAGGAUUGAAGGGCUUACGUGGCGAUUAUGGACUUCCCGGCUUACAAGGACCUAAAGGAGAUCGCUCAUUCAGCGGCGAUAAGGGAGAAGAAGGCACGCCUGGAUAUCCCGGAUUAGUUGGCGCUCCAGGUCGUGACGGUCUUCCAGGUUUAAAGGGAGAACGUGGUGAUGAUGGUUUGAUCAUUGAUGGCGAAGUUGGUCUUAAAGGUCCCAAGGGAGAUCACGGAAGAAACGGAUUCUACGGAAGACGCGGAUUCAAAGGCGAACGAGGAGAUGUUGGUUACGUUGGACCUCAAGGAUUGCGUGGAGAGCCCGGACAAAAUGGAUUUAACGGAAUUAAAGGAAGAGAUGGACGUCCCGGAUUGAUGGGAAUCAAAGGCGAAAUGGGUCCAUGGGGAGAAAUCGGAGACACAGGAGAGCCCGGAGACGAAGGAUGGCCCGGAAGAAGUGGCUUAAAAGGAGAUUACGGAGAACCUGGAUUAGUUGGUUUACCCGGAAGACAAGGACCUGAAGGAGACAAAGGUUCACAAGGUCCAAUGGGAUUCGCUUCUCGCGGAUUUGCUGCCAAAGGAGAACCCGGCGUGCCUGGAUAUCAAGGAAUGCAAGGUCCAAAAGGUAGAGAAGGCUUACCAGGACGACGUGGAUUCCCCGGAAGAAAGGGAGAACGCGGAGACGUUGGAUUUGCGGGAGAAGAUGGUACUACGGGCCCAACGGGACGUAAAGGAGUCAUGGGAAAUCGCGGUUUGCGCGGAUUGAGAGGCGAUCGUGCUGAAUUCGCACAACCCGGAGAACCAGGAAAUCCCGGAUGGGAUGGAAUUCCAGGUCGUGCUGGAGCUCCAGGACCAAAAGGUGCUCCCGGCGAUUACGGAGAUGAUGGUUUGCCUGGAUUGCCUGGUCUUCCCGGAGAAACAUUCGAUGGAAUCAAAGGUUUGCCAGGAGAUCACGGAGUUACGGGACCUCGUGGUUUGCACGGAUUAAAUGGACUUCCAGGAUUGCCGGGAGCUCCAGGUGAUUUUGGACCAAAAGGACCUCGAGGAAAUAUUGGAGUUUCUUUCCGUGGACCGAAAGGAGAACAUGGCGAUCGUGGAUUGCCGGGACUUGAUGGGCGUGAUGGAAUGCCAGGAUUCAUUGGAGAUAAAGGCUUCCCAGGUCCCCGAGGUCUUCCUGGAUUGUACGGAUUGAAGGGAGAACACGGAGAACCCGGAGUUGAUGGCUUACACGGGCGUGUUGGCAUCCGAGGAAGAAAGGGAGAGCGUGGAGAUCCCUAUCCAAUUCGCUAUCCAGGCAUCGGUUUGCCAGGUUUUGAUGGCCCCAAAGGUAUCAAAGGCGAAGAAGGUGAUGUUGGUUUGCAAGGCAGACCCGGAAUCACAGGACGUCGCGGUUUCAAAGGUGUUCGCGGCGACAUCGGUCCCGAAGGUUUUUACGGCGAAGUUGGCUUCAAAGGAGAACGCGGAAUGCCCGGAGCUCGUGGUUUAACAGGUUUAGAAGGACUUCCCGGCGAACCUGGUUUACCCGGAGAUCCAGCACCGCCUCCGCCAGCUGCCAGAAGUCGUGGAUUUGUCUUCACACGUCACUCGCAAACCAUCGAAAUUCCCCAAUGUCCCGAUAAUACGCAUCUUUUGUGGACCGGAUACUCGCUGGCAAGCACCAUCGGCAGCAGUAUGACUGUCGGACAAGAUCUCGGCAAAGCUGGUUCAUGCUUGCAACGUUUCACGACAAUGCCGUUCCUCGUGUGCGACGUCAACAACAUUUGCAACUAUGCGCAAAGCAACGACGACAGCUUGUGGUUGUCCACAGACGAACCGAUGCCGAUGUCAAUGGCGCCCUUCCGCGAACGCGAAAUCGAAAAGUACAUUUCGCGAUGCGCCGUUUGCGAAACCAGAACACGUCUCAUCGCCAUUCACAGUCAGGAGAUGAAUAUUCCCGAAUGUCCGCGUGGAUGGGGCGAAAUGUGGCACGGAUACAGCUAUUUGAUGCACACGAGCGACAAUGCUGGCGGCGCCGGACAAGAUCUCAUCUCGCCCGGAUCGUGUCUCGAGGAAUUCCGCGCACAACCGAUGGUCGAGUGUCACGGCGACGGCAAAUGCAAUUAUUACGACACGAUGACGUCGUUCUGGUUGACAACAAUUGACGAAAAUGCGCAAUUCUCGAUGCCGCAACAGAAAACUCUCAAGGCCGAUCAAACGAGCAAAGUUAGUCGUUGUGUGGUUUGUCGCAAAAUUGCCGUGGAUCGUCCGUCAAAUGGCAACGGGUUCCCCGCAGCGUCGGAAUUCAGAAGAAGAACGUCUGUCGUUUCGCCGCCACGUCGCCCACAAUAUCCGCCACAAAAUAACUGGCAACCGGAUUACUGGCGAAACCCCAAUUAUCGCCGAACGGGAUAAAAUUUAGAAAAAAAAACUUUCCUUCUUUGUAAUUUUUAAGAUUUAAUCAUUAGAUGUGCCAUUUAUCGUCUUCAUUCGAAAUAAAAUGUAAUAAAAAAAUAUGUGUUCAAGCGAAAGUCAUAGAAAAAUGCCAAAAACCAGUUAAUUUAAAGUGCUUCUUAAUAAGUCUUCGAUCGAUAUAGAAAUAAAAUAAUAAUAUAUAUUUUAUAUUAAUUGUAAACUCUAAAUAUUUCCAAAC